UGAUGUUCGUCUGCUGCUCGCCCGAUGUCUUCAGGAAGCUGAUGGUUCAGUUCCGUCGUGCUGACCUCCCCCACGAGCAGUACGUCUUCUUCUACAUCGACGUGUUCGGAGACAGUUUGAACCUGAAGGACAGACGGCCGUGGGCCCGCGGGGACGAGGACGACCCCGUGGCCAGGGACGCUUUCCAGAGUGUGAAGAUUCUGACGUAUCGAGAGCCUCAGAAUCCAGAGUACAGAGAGUUCGUCCACAACCUGAAGACAGACGCCAUCCAGAUGUUCAACUACACCAUCGAGGACACGCUGAUGAACAUCAUCGCUGGAGGUUUCUACGACGGCCUGAUGCUCUACACUCGAGCUCUGAACGAGAGCUUGUCUGCGUCCGGCGCUCGUCCUCCGGGGACAGACGUCACCAAGAGGAUGUGGAAUCGAACGUACCACGGUGUAACAGGACUGGUCCACCUGGACGAGAACGGAGACAGAGAGACGGACUUCGCUCUGUGGGACAUGGACACCGACACCGACACCGGCACGUUCCAGAUAGUUCUGGUGUAUAACAGUUUGGAGGAGCAGCUGACGGCCGUACCUGGAACCACGGUGCACUGGCCGGGCGGAGCUUGUCCUCCCGAUGUUCCCGUCUGCGGCUUCAAGAACGACAACCCCGUCUGCCUGGCCAAAACGGUCACAAUCCAACAGAUGGUUUCCAUCGUGCUGUUCUUCAUCUUCACCAUGAGCCUCACCAUCGCUGUCUUCGUCUACAGGAAGAUGAAACUGGAGAAGGAGCUGGUGGCUCAGCUCUGGAGGAUCAGCUGGGACAACAUCCAGAUGAGCAACAUGGACAAGGUGCUGCGCAGCGGCAGCAGGAUCACACUGUCCCUGAGAGGCUCUAACUACGGCUCCCUGAUGACGGCAGAUGGAAACAUGCAGGUGUUUGCAAAGACUGGUUACUACAAGGGAAACAUCAUCGCCAUCAAAUACACCAACAGGAAGCGCAUCGAGCUGAACAGGACGGUUCUGUUUGAGCUCAAACACAUGCGCGACGUUCAGAAUGAACAUCUGACCAGGUUCAUCGGAGCGUGCAUCGACCCCCCCAACAUCUGUAUCAUCACAGAGUACUGUCCCCGAGGGAGUCUGCAGGACAUCCUGGAGAACGACAGCAUCACUCUGGACUGGAUGUUCAAAUAUUCUCUAAUCAACGACAUUGUGAAGGGUAUGGUCUUCCUCCACAACAGCGUCAUCGUCUCUCAUGGUAAACUCAAGUCGUCCAACUGUGUAGUCGACAAUCGCUUCGUCCUGAAAAUCACAGACUACGGUUUGUCCAGUUUUCGCUACGACGCCGACUCCGGGAAAGACGCUCACGCCUACUACGCCCAGAGACUGUGGAUGGCUCCAGAGCUGCUCAGGAUGGAGUCCCCCCCGCCUCAGGGAACUCAGAAAGGAGAUGUCUACAGCUUCAGCAUCAUCCUCCAGGAGGUGGCGCUGCGCCGAGGAGCCUUCUACCUGGAGGCAGACCCGCUCAGCACUAAAGGUACCGAGCAGCUGCUCUGCUAAAGAUUCUGUUGUCCACCGAGCUGACACAUGAUUAUCUUGUCUCAUCAUACCUGAACCUAUCAAUACAAAAGGCAAAAUAGACAAGUUUUCAUUCAGACAUUAAAACCUCUGGGAGACUGAGCAGCUGGACGACGCUUCAGUCUUUGUCUCCAACACACUUCCUGGACUUGACCCACCCACUCUGAAGAGCGGAGCAGUUUCAGUCCUUCCAGGUUUCACUUAUUUAAAACAGAAAUCAGAUCUGUCCCGAAAAACCAGGAAAAGUUUCAGUUUAAAAACUUCAGAGGAACGUAAGAGGAAAAGUGAAAGUUAAUCAUUCACAUUCGAAACAUAAGUUUAUCAAAUGGUAAUUCUAAACUAAACUCUUUUUAAAUCUUCAAAAACAGCUGAAGUCUUUUAAAGUUGCCUCCAGCGACACCUAGUGGCCGGACGCAGUUUGUUUUUUGGUUUGUCCUUUUGUACAUAAAGUCCUUGUGGACACCUCAACAAGGCCUUGAGGGACUGUCCUCAGAUUUGGUUCAGAUGUCUGCAGGAGACAGCUCACCUGCUGAGACCCUCCCCCUGCAGAGAUCGUGGGACCGGGUGGU